GAGCUGCUCAGGUAAGCGCGUUUAGAGAAGAUCUGCUUUACGCCCACUUUACCACAGACCGACGUACGACUCGAUUACAUUUUUGACAAUAGGGAUAAACUGAAAUAGUUUAUUCGUGCAUUCAGAUACAUUCAGAUACCCAAACGCAUAGACAUAUUCAGAAGGAUAAAAAGAAGUCGAGCCCUGAGGCGAAAGUAUUUGACGCACUCCAGUAUGUCCGAAAUAACGAAACAACCGAGGAGAAACUCGUCCAAUUCGAACCCCAAGGUGAGUCUGGGCAGCCCGACGCUGCUGGGGUCUCCCGCUUCCCGGCUUCCCUUGCAGAACGGGCUUUACACGGAUGCGGAAUUCCCGGUGCAGAAUAUGCCGAUUCAGACCGACGUAGUUUGGAAACGACCAAAGGAGAUCUGUCCGUUUCCUGAAUUUAUUGCAGAUGGAGCCACACGUAUGGACGUCUGCCAGGGAGCUCUGUAUGACUGCUGGUUCUUGUCAGCAGUGGCGUCUCUCUCUCUCUACCCUUCUCUUCUGCAACGCGUCAUUCCCCCAGGCCAAAGCUUUCAGGAGGGAUACAACGGCUGCUUCAAUUUUCGGUUUUGGCAGUAUGGUGAGUGGACUGAGGUGCAAAUCGAUGACCGCUUGCCCACAAAAAACGGUCAGCUGAUAUAUCUGUUCUCCACAAACAGAAAUGAAUUCUGGAGCGCUCUACUGGAAAAAGCUUAUGCCAAGCUGAAAGGUGGUUAUAACGCUCUGAACCUGGGUUUGCCUCAUGAGGCGAUGGCAGAUAUGACCGGUGGGGUUACAGAGGUUUUCACGGUGCCGCCUGACCAUCGAAUGCUGGGCUCUUUCCUGGGCUCGCUGCUGCAGAAAGGAGCUCUGAUCAACUGUGGUAACUCAAGGGGAUCUCCUGAGAAGACGAAUGAGUUGGGGAUUGUGUUCGGUCAUGCCUAUUCUGUGACGGGUUUGGAGACGAUCAAAACUACGACCGGUCCGGUUGAGCUGGUGCGAAUUAGGAACCCAUGGGGUAAUACUGAAUGGGAGGGGCCUUGGAGUGACAAAAAAGGGAUGGAGUGGAAUAUGGUGAGCGCUGAAGAGCAGCAGCGUGUGCAGAGAAACCAGCUUGAUGAUGGGGAAUUCUGGAUGUCUCUGGCAGAUUUCUGCCAGAACUUUGAAAUGCUAGAGGUUUGUCACCUGACCGAAGACACGCUGAGUGUGAGCACAGUGAAAAAGCCUUGGAAAUGUACACCUCAUCAUGGAAAAUGGAUUCCUUAUCAAGGCCCUCCUCAGUACAAUCUGACCCUGCUGGAGGAGGACGACGACCCCAGUGACCCUGAACUAACGUGCUCAUUCCUGCUGGCGCUCAUGCAGAAACACACUCGUAAGAGAGGAGUGCUGUCCUACAUCGCGCUGCAGAUAUUCAAGGCCCGAUCCGAGCAUGAUUUCCUUAACCCUUGGGACUUGUCUCAGUUGAGACCGGUGCUCGGCACCCCUCAAGACCAGCGGCGGGAGCUGGUGUUUCGCGGUCGCCUGGCGCCCGGUCAUUACGUCAUCAUUCCCAGCACUUCAGAGACCAGUCAGGAGGGACAUUUCCUCCUGAGAGUCCUGACCGAGAAAGCAAACAUAACCACAGCGGUUGAGAGACCAGGAGUAGAUGCAAACUCGAUUACAGUGCCAAUGUCUCCACGUCUCGCAGGUUUGCCGUCUGUAAAUGAAGCAAAAGAGCUCUUUGUGAAACACUGUGUCAAGGGCCCUUAUUGUAGUCCAUUGGAUCUGUAUAACUUGUUGACUGAAUCCAUUGCCAAAGGAGUCUUUGCAGGUAGCGAGAAGAAGCUGAGUUUGGAGCACUGCAAGAGUUUCGUGGUGCUCAUGGAUAGCCAAGGAAUGGGACGACUCGACUUGAUAGAGUUCCAGGCAUUGUGGGAGAAACUCCGGAAGUGGACGGGUAUAUUUAUGACAUUCGACAAAAACAAGAACCAAGCUCUGGAUUAUCUCGAAAUCCCACCCGCUCUGACAGCAGCAGGCAUACGGGUGGAUGAAUUCAUAAUGCAGCUGAUCAGCCUGCGCUACACGGAGCCAGAUAUGACCGUCAGCUUCCCGGGAUUCCUCUUCCUGCUCGUGAAACUGGACUACAUGAUGCGCAAGUUUCAGUCUAUGGAUAUGACGGGGAUGGGAGUGAUUUCUGUAAACUGCAGACAGUUCCUGCAAAUGACCAUGUACAACUGAUUCCAGACCAGCUGCAGGGAAACAACCCUACAUCUGCUUUAAGUGGAUAGUUUCAGGAGUGGAUGCUGAUUGGUCAAUACAGCGUUGCAGUUAUAAUACAAUACAUGCUAUAUUAACGGAUGUGAUGUAGCUACUAUAUAUAUAGACCAACUAUUAACCUCAUUUUACUGCUUCUAAUGGACUGAUGUCAUUUAAUGAAUUUGCUUAAUAAAAACAUUAUUUUUAA